UGUGAGUUAAUUUAGGAAAGUGAAGAAAUGGGAUGAACAAUGAAUAUCCAAUCCCGAAUAUCCAAUUCCAAACAUUUUGAGGCCAUUUUGAUUUUGAACAUCAACAUAUAAAACGAUAUCUCCAAAAUCAAACUCAUUAGAGAUAGAAAAGAUGGAUCCAUUUAGAGGACAGGGUGGUAUUCAAAUGCUAUUAACUGCAGAACAAGAUGCCCAACAAGUCGUAUCCACAGCUAGAAACAUGAAGAUGGCGAGACUUAGACAAGCUAAAGACGAAGCUGAAAGAGAAGUGGCCCAUUAUCGUGCUCAUUUGGAGGCCGAAUAUCAAAAGAAAGUUUCCGAGUCAAGUGCUGGGUCCUAUACACAAAGGCUGGAAGAGGAAACCAACGUUAAGAUCGAGAAUUUGAAGGAAUCAUCAGCAAGAGUUUCACGGGAUGUUGUUAAUAUGCUUCUCCAAUAUGUUACAUCUGCCAGAACUUAGAACAAUAAAGGUGGUAAUUCCUAAAAUUGUUUUUCUUUAAUCAUCAAAAUUUCUUUUCUUUUCUGUUAAUUUUUUCCUUUGUAAUUUAUUAUUUAUUUGAUCGCUCAACAAUUAUCUGUCAUGAGUCAUGACACGUUUUAGUGAUAUGGAAGUAAUUUAAUGUUGUUUCAUAUUGUUUUUAUUCAAA